CAACACAAUUGAAUCCCAUCAUGCUUUGCCGUGCCUGCCGACCCGAGAGCUACCGAUGCUAGGCUAACUGCCGUUAGCUAACGGGGAGCGGACAUGUUGUACCGAGCCUUCUUUUAAUAAACAUCGCUGUAAGCGGGGGAUCGGGAAUUAAGGGGAAAGCUCAUAGCGUUGGGCAAUCAUGGAUGCCGUCAACGCCUUCAACCACGAGUUGUUCUCAUUGAUGGACUCCAAGCCCCCAAUCUCUCGGGCAAAGAUGAUCUCCAUCACCAAAUCGGCCAUCAAAGCUAUGAAACUCUACAAACAUGUGGUCCAGAUUGUGGAAAAGUUUAUCAAAAAGUGUAAGCCUGAGUACAAGGUAGCAGGCCUGUAUGUGGUGGAUUCUAUUGUUAGGCAGUCCAGACACCAGUUUGGAUCAGACAAGGAUGUCUUUGGCCCAAGGUUCACCAAAAACAUUACAGGAACCUUUGAGAACCUCUGCCUUUGCCCAGUAGAGGACAGGAGUAAGAUUGUGCGGGUGUUGAACCUGUGGCAGAAGAAUGGGGUGUUCAAGAUUGAGGUUAUUCAGCCCCUCCUCGACAUGGCAGCUGGCUCUAGCAGUGCUGCUGCACCCUACACAGGCUCAGAUGAUCCAGGUUCUUCCCCACCUCCAGCCAAAGAGCCAGUUACUGCGGUAACGGCAAACUCCACCACGGCAUCUGCUGCUCAGCUGCAAAACUCUGAUGCCUUUGCUGCUGUCGCACAGCUCUUUCAGUCCACACAGGGUCAACAGCUUCAGCAGAUGCUCCAAAACUUUCAGCAGCAGCCAGUGAAGUCUGACACCAACACUCAGCCUCCUGUCCAUACCAGUCAAACACAGGCCCAAAACAUAACCACUGGCCUGGGCACGGUCACCCCGCAACCGCCUCUGCCCACCCAAACCGCCCAGCAGAAGGCAGCCUUUGACAAGAAAUUGCUGGACCGUUUUGACUAUGAUGAUGAACCAGAAAUUGGAGAAGAAACAAAGAAGGAUGAAAUGUCAUCACAGGCCUCCUUUAUGCAACAGCCUCCAGCCUUCCCACAGCACAUGGAGCACUUUAAACCGUCAAUGAUGAACGUGUUGCAAGGCCUCUCACAACAGGUUCCUCUCCCUCCUAAUGGCCAGCUUCAGGCCUAUGGUUUACCGCCAGGACAAAGCUUCCCAGUUAUGAUGCCUCCUAUGGGGCAUGCUUUGCCAGGGCAGACCCUCCCUGGUUCUACUGGGCCUCCAGGCUUCUCAGGGGUAUACCCACCCCACAAUGCAGCCCAGCAACAACAGGAUUUGUCAAUGGAUAUGGACCGAUCAUCUAUGAGGGAUGGCAGACAUGGUCGACGAUCACACUCAGGCUCUAGGUCUCCAAAGCGGAGGAGGUCGAGGUCUAAUUCCCGUACACGACGAUCCAGGCACAGGCGAUCGCGCUCGCGCUCCAGAGACCGGCGUCACCACUCCCCACGCUCUCGCUCGCUGGAGCGCAAGGAGAGAGAGAAGGAGAGAGAGCGACGGCAGAAAGGCCUUCCGCCACCCAAGAGCGAGACACUAAGCAGUGACGCUAUGAUCCCUCCACGCGGCUGUGCCUAUAUUGUCAUGAUACAUAGGCAAGAUGCCUUCAGGGCUCUACAGAAGCUUAGUAGAGGAUCACACAAAGUGAACCAGAAAGCAAUCAAGAUUGCUUGGGCUUUGAACAAGGGCAUAAAGCCUGAGUUUAAACAGUACUGGGAUGUGGAUCUGGGUGUCACCUACAUACCUUGGUCUAAAAUCAGAGAGGCUCAGUUGGAGGAGCUCAAAGAAGGAGGAAUACUGGAUGUGGACACCUUAUCACCAGAGUGGAGUGGAGUGAGAAAGACUAUUGGCCUCCUGGAGGAACUCAACCACAACGGCCGUUCGGAGCCACAGCAGCCUGAGGAAACACAAGUAUUACCUGGGGCUGCUCCUCCUGCUCAGGUUCCUCCGAUGCAGCAGCCAGUGGUUGGUGUGGGUUCUCUCCAGCCUCCUGUUUUUCCUGGUCCCAUAGGCAUGCCUCUGCCUUCCUUCCCCCCAGGCGUCCCCCCUCCUCCUUUCAUCAGACCUGGCUUCAACCCCAUGCAGAUGCCUCCAGGUUUUCCUCCCCCAGGUACCAUGCCUCUUGGUCCCCCACCUCCCUCCAAAGGUGGAGUUGAAGACCCGCCUCUGGACCCAGCGGGUCUGGGCAAGAGGAAAAAUGACGAGGUCCUGGAGGGUCCCAACAUCUUCAGCAAUCAGAUGGGGCCCAUGGGUAACCAGUUAGGUGGACCUCUGGGUUCUCUCCCAGGUGGUCCUCCAGGAAACCUCCAACCCCCUUCUGGUGGUCUGCUUGGCGCACGGCCUGGUAUAAUCCCACUCCAGCGUCCUCCGGUUCCCCCACCACCACACAUGCAGCGCUUCCCUCCACCCCAUGGGCCACGACCCCCUCACCCCAACAUGCCACCUAUGCCACCACAGAUGAUGCCCAGAGGGCCACACCCUCAAAUGAUGCAACAUGACCCCCCUCCACCUAAAGGAGGCUUUGGGAUGCUCCCUCCUCAUAAUAUGAGAGCUCCUUUCCCUCCACAUGGGCAUGGCCCUCCUCCUCAAGGUCCUCCUCCUCCUUUUAUCAGACCAGGGGGGCCUCGUGGUCCGGAGGGGCUGGAAGAAAUGGAUGGCAGACCAUUCAGGGGAGACAGGCCUGGAUUCAGGGACCGAGAGCCAGAGAGGGACAGGGACUGGGAUCGAGAUAGGGAGAGAGACAGGGACCGAGGUUUUGGAGGUGGAAGGCGUCCAUUUGGUGAUGGAGGGAGGGGUGGAGGUGGUGAUAGAAUGGAUGGGAGGGACCGGCUCGGAGGCUGGCAGGAAGAUGGAGGAGAUCACAGGGGAGGAGGAUGGGAUAGAGACAGAGAUCGGGACAGAGACAGACGGGACUGGAGGGAGAGGCGAAACAGCCUGGAUAGCGACAGGGAGCGAGGGAGGGCUGAUAAUGGGGAGAGGGAGCGAGGGAGGGGAGAGGGAGGAGAGAGAGGACGGGUAGAAGGUGGGAGUCGAGAAAGAGGGAGAGGAACUGAAGGAAAAGAAGUGGGGGACAGGCCAAGGCGGUCAGAACGUCGAGAGAGGACCACGCGUUGGGACAGGGAUGAUCGAUUGGCCGAACUGGAAAACCUGGACAGAUUUCAGACCUCUAACAGCACAGAGCAACCUCCUGUGACUCCUGUGGUUACUAUGGAAACCAGUAAAGAACCAAGUGUGGAAGCUUCUGAAAAGAAGGCAGAGUCUGAACUUUUAGCUCCGUCUUCAGAGGUAAAAACUGCUGCAGAAGAACCGAUGACCUCUGAGCCCUCACCUUCAGCUCAAAGUGAGCCCACAGAAACAAAAGAGGAAGCAGCAGCAUCAUAGACUGGCUCACUGCUCCUUCAGCCAGAGACUGCUGUGAACCACUGAAAGAUAAGGAGAGGCAUUUUUCACUAUGAUGGUCAGUCGCAACUCAUGGCAUAUGAAUGCUAGCUCGUCAGUUUGUCAGUUGGUAAUUGGCAGUUUCUGGGCACUAACAUGUCUUGAAAACAAACCUCUCCCACACGUGUUGUUAAACAUAUGUAAAAUGGUUGUUUUCAGAUUGUACGGCUUAUGGUCAAAUUUGACUUUGCAUCUGUUUCUCCAAACACACGACCACAUGAAAAUCCGUUUGGCGCAAUUUGCUGUUGUUAAAUAUUGGCUGUCAACUUUUUUUCCUGUAAUUUGUAAGAAUGAACGGAGUGCUUGCAUGUUAACUUAGCUCUGUCCAUUUUAGGUUAAUUUGAGCUUAGCUUUUAUGUUUUUACUCAAGUUGGUUUGCAGGCGGAGUAAACAAAUGACUUCUAUGACACCAUUUUUUUUUACUUCACUGCCUUAUCUGUGUGAUAGCAGGCACUCCUCAACAAAGUGAAUAUGUUCAUUUUAAAACCUUUUUUUAAAUCUGCCAAAAUGUCAUGUCAAAACACUGAAUAUCUUUUCAAACAACUAUAUGAUAAUAUAGGCACCAUUAUUUUUCUUUGUUUUCAUCUCCUCUUGUGUUUAAUGUCGGCUCAUUAUUGCAAGAUCACAGCCAGUAAGGCACAGCUUUGAAAGGACUAUGGUGGGGGUGGGCUUAAAAUCCAAUCAUGUUACUUGUAGGUGUUUGAAUGGAGAAGGAAAAAGUACAAAUUGUGGAAGACAUGUCGGGGUAAAUUACACUGAGAAUUAGGUUUGGUACUUUGCUCACACAAAAUGUUGAGCUCUUCUUUUGAUUAUUUGCCCACUUUUGACCCUUUGAACCACACUUUAUUUCAGGCUUAAUAAAUACGAGUACUGUCUUCAUUCUACCAGA